AUGAGUAGCCACCGAGUUGAAGCAGCUCCUGACGAGGAGGAGGAGGUUGUAGAAGUCAACAGCAGUGAUGAAGGCACAGUUGAUUUGGGCUCAGAAGAUGGUGAUGAGGGAAACUCACUGCCAACACUGCCAGCAGCUCGUUCUAAUUUACCAGAGGAAGAAGAAGUGAAAGAAGAAGAAGAAGAAGAAGAGGAUGAACUGGCUCUGACGAAUCGACAAUUCAAUGAGCAGUUUGUCUAUCACACCACACCUCCAUCUCCUUUUCCCAAUUAUCCCUCUCCUCCUCCUCGCGUACAACUUCAGCAACAACUUCCUCCAUGCCCUACACUUGACACUUCAGUUCUGAAUCGUAAUAAUCCAAAUGCAUCCCAAAACACUACAGUGCACGACAAUGCUGAACAACCUGGCAAUCAGCAGUCAACUGAAACAGAUCAAACAAUGGCUUUAUCAAAAGUUGUCGAUGGAGGUACAGUGGCAAACACUGCUGCCACUGCUGUUGCUGUGCGUCAAUCCACUGAAGCUGAUGACCAGAGGGACACUGAUAAUGAGCGGAGGAGACCGUACCGCUGUACAGUCUGUCCAAAAGCAUUUUUCCAAAAGAGUAAACUAACAAUUCACCUUCGCAUGCACACCGGUCAGCGACCGUACCAAUGUACGGUCUGCUCAAGAGCAUUCACCCAAAAGUGUGACCUAAAAAAACAUCUCCGCAUUCACACAGGCGAGCGGCCGUUUCAAUGUGGCCAGUGCCUGAGAUCAUUCACCAGACAGUAUCACCUAAAAGUUCACAUCCGCUCUCACACCGGUGAAAGGCCGUUCCAGUGUGACCGGUGUCAGAGAUCAUUCACCGAACAGAGCACCCUAACAGUUCACCGUCGUACACACACUGGCCACACUGAACAGCCAGUUCAGUGUGGCCAGUGCCCGAAAACAUUCCCCAGUCAUGGUCAUCUAAACAAACAUCUUCGCGCACACACAAACGAGCGACCAUUCCGGUGUGACAGGUGCCCGAGAUCAUUCACCAACCAGAGUCUACUGACAGUUCACAUUCGGUCUCACACGGGGGAGCGGCCAUUCCAGUGUGACCGCUGCCGGAAGAGAUUCAUCCAACAGAGUAAUCUUACAAAACAUCUUCACGCACACACAUGCGAGCGGCCAUUCCAGUGUGACCAGUGCCCGAAAUCAUUCACCAGCCAGAGUCAACUGACAGUUCACCUGCUCAGCCACACCGCCGAGCGGUC